AGUCAACUCGGUCAGGGCAGGUGUCGGCCGCUCCGCUCGGCGCUGCUCUCGUCAACGCGGCGUUUUAUUUCAAACCGAGAAGAAAGAUUUGAAGCCGUUUCUCCGCCGCGUCUGUGUCUGUCUGUCUGUCGAACAUGGCGGCGAAGGGGCUGCGAGCAUCUUACCACAGAGUCAUGGACAGGAUAGAAUUCAUGCUGCCGCCUAAAAUGAGGCCGUUUUACAAUCACCCGGCAGGUCCUCGUACAGUGUUUUUCUGGUCACCGAUUAUGAAAUGGGGCUUAGUCCUUGCGGGAUUAGCUGACAUGACCAGGCCAGCAGAAAAGCUUAGCUUAGCUCAGUCAGGAGUGCUUUGUGCAACAGGCUUGAUUUGGUCCAGAUAUUCACUUGUGAUUAUUCCAAAGAACUGGAGUCUGUUUGCUGUGAACUUUUUUGUUGGCUGUGCAGGUGCCACACAACUAACUCGGAUCUGGAAGUACCGACAAGAGUUGAAACAAAUGGAAAAGUCGAAACAGGAAUGAAAAUCAACAGCCUAUAAAAAUUCAAAACAUCAGUUUGUAUUGACUUUUUUUAACGUGCCUUGUUAGUGAAUCAAGGUAUCGAAUAGAAACUUUAACAACUUGAUGGUUUUGUAGUGGAGAUCGUGUUGCAUAUAAGACUUAUUUGUAAAUAUGUUCAUAAUCUCCCAAUAAAUGUUACAAUGGUGCAGCAAUGUUUUGUUUAAUUUAUUGCUAAUGAUAAGUUUUAACUGUAAUUGUCCUGCUUAAAAUCCAUUAUGUUGUGUCUUCACUUACAGCAAUAGUGAUCCGCAGCAGAAUAUUUUUGAUUUUUUUUCAGUUCUCAUACAACUGAAUGAGAAAAAAUUAAAACUAAACUCCACUAACCAGUUUAGUUUUUAAUUAUUAACUACUGUAUCCCAUUGCUUAACCAGUUAUUUAGUGGUCAUUUAUGAGCCAUGACCAAAUCAAUUUGUGAUGUCAGCAUUUAUUCUGCAAUGAUGGGAAUCUAUCCUGAUGAAACCUCCACAUUAAGGGUUGCCACUUAACAGGAUCUCAGCAACUAAGUUUCCAAUUGUGCAUCUGGGACUUGAUUUUUAUACUGGGUAUUAUAAUCUGGCAUCUCUUUGUAACUUCAAAAUAUUUGCACUAUUUACAAAUUGCAUGUCUUAGUUGUAAGGUACUGAUUAUUCUGUGAUUUGUGUACACAGCAAUAAAGAAGGAAUUAAUUAUCUUUGGUU